AAGAAGUAUGUGAUAUUUCUCUCGGAUUUGUUGCCAAAUGACUUCGGAACAUGUCGGUGCGACUAAAAAUCGAUAUAAUAGCCAUAUAACAAUAAAGCUGGGUCGAGUUACGUCAUUGUUGCGUCACGACUUAGCUGUCAAAACACUUCCGGAAUGGUGAACACCAAAAAGGUGUGAAUUCUUAAAAAAAUCUAAUUACAAUUAAACGAAUCCGAUCAAUUUCGUCAUUUCAUAUCUCACAAUGUUGUUAUUAAUUAUAAAACGAUCUUGUCGUGCGGAAAUGACGUAAGGUUUCCAUAGCAACAAGACGCAGGUCAGCUGCAGAGGGUGUUCACGAGCCGCAGGUGGAAGCAGUGAGAAACUUUAGUACAGAAGUUGUUCAGCAAUGCUGGAAGCCAUUCAAGUUACUGUUAUGAAGAGGCAAAUGGGACAUGAAUGGGACACAAAGAGCAGAAGAAGAGAGAGCAUCUCCACUGGGCUGAGAAGGACAUGGCUAAAAAGUGUGUACUGAGAGUCAUGGAGAAGCCUGUAAGCCAGGUGUAUGUGGAAUGCUGGUCUUCCAGUGUCCUAAAGAACCCGUUCUCCAGUAGCUUUGUCUUCCCCCAGAAAGAGGAAGAGACAGAGGGCAGGAGGCUCAAGCACUCCCCUUACAGACAGUAUAAAAGAGCACAGCACAUCGUCUCCACAUCUUCCCACCGAGACGCGAUGCCUCUUAUGCUGAUCGGCUCAGGAAAUCAGAGCUACGGAGAAAUCAGCCAAUCACAGCUUUUCCAUUGUUCUUUGGCAGGGAACAAUAUAAGCAUCAUUGGCAGCCCAGUCUGCCUGUCUCCUCGUCCUAGUAGCGAGCUCAGCAGAGCUUCUCAAUCUCGUGUCAGACUCCCACAGCUGGCUAAAGGCAGUAAAGAUGGAGAAAACGCCACAAAAAAGCUUUGCAUACUCGCUGCCAUUAAACCUUCCAAUGUGGAAAGUGAGAAAGCCAAGUUCUUCAACUCAGAUUUCAGGUAUAACCCACAGUUUGAGUACAGCAACCCAGCAUCACCACAGGUUCUGGAAAAACACAGCAAAGCUUCUGACCGCUUCCUUACACAGGCUGUGCGCAUUAUGGAGGUGGCUCUGCACAAGUACGGAAGUUACGAGAAGUUUGAACAGGCCACCGGAGGAAGCUUGCUGACCAAGGGCCGAAUCUGGGCUCACGUCAAGAAGUACAUGGAGAAGGAAGGCUGUGUGGGAGAGAUAGUGGUGCACCUGACCAAUGACCUGCUCUCCAAAGCCUCCAUGACUGUGGUGAACGGCAGACCGACUCUCACCAUCAACAUCUCCAUGGCCAGGGAGCAGUGGCUCGAGGGCAUGCUGAGACAUGAGAUCGGUACACACUAUUUCCGCAGCAUCAAUAACAGCCAGCAGCCGUGGAGCAGAGGAGAAGCUCGGAAGAAGCUCGGUCUGAAGCCGGUAAACCCCACAGAGGAAGGCCUGGCCAGCAUCCACAGCGUGCUGUUCCGCAGAGACCCUCGGCUGUGGCGUGCUGCUCUGCUGUACUACACUGUCCACCAGGCGGCGCACAUGUCCUUCACGCAGCUCUUCCACGAGCUCGGGCACUUCGUCCACGAUCCCGGCACACGCUGGGACUACUGCGUACGAGCCAAACGUGGCCAGACCGACACAUCACAACCUGGCUGUUUUAAUAAGGACCAGGUUUACCUGGAUGGCAUCCUGAAGCUCCUCAGACACAGAGAGAAGAUUAACUUCCAGCUCCUCACGGCACUCGGGAAGGUGUCUUACGAGGAUGUGGAGCGCCUGAGGAGCCUGGCUGUGAUGGAGAACGUGCGAAUCCCACACUUCCUACAGGAUCAGGAAUGUUACACCGAGCAGCUCCAGAAGAUCAUGACGGUCAACCAGCUGACUGAUGAAGAACUCCAAGGGCUCAUCUGAACAUGCCAGGAGACCCCUGUGACCUCUGAUUGGACCCCACACUGACCUGGACUGAUCAUUCUUAAAAAAAAAAAAAAAAAAAAAUCUGUGCGCUUGUCUGACCAACCCUGCCUCUCUAGCCCAGCCUACGAGUGAUGCUCAUUAUACCCAAGUGUCCUUUUUAACCCAUUCAUAGAAAGUGUACGUUUCUCAAAAUGUUACGUUAAAGUUAAAGCAAGUCGGCUCGUCAGUAUGUACAGAAACACAACCCCAGAGCCACCUACCUGCUGUGAUUUUUUUUUAAGAUCCAACCUUCUUAGAAGAAAUAUAUACCUGCCAAUGUGCCACUCUGCUCAUGCCAGUUUGCGGCUGUGUCCCAAACUACAGGAUACAUCUACUGUAUACAGCCAUUUCAGAAACAUCCCAAAAUAUCGUCUAGUCAGACCUCGUUUUCCAAUAUUUUCCCUCGUCUCUGUCCUCUUUAAUACGGUUCAUGGAUCACAAUACACAGAUUCUCAAUUUUCUAGUUAUACGUCAAGAUCUUUUGUUGCCAGCAUCAGUGUUUGAGAUACAUCAUGUAUUCCUCACAUACUGGAUUUAUCUUUUAUUUUAUACAUUGUUUUUUGUAGAUGUUAAUUUUUGUGACUUCUUUAAGUAUCAGACAUGAUGACUUGUACAUUAAUACGUUUCUAGGGUUUUGUGUGUGUGUGUGUGUGUGGUAUUUGGCAUGAAGACGUAUCUUGCUGUCCGGCAGCUUCCUUCAUACCGAUUAUUAUCCUACAAGAGUUUUUACCUCAGAUACGUGAGGAACGUGUGUUUAUGGACGACGUGUUCAAAUCCUAAUAAAUUUACCUACUUAGUUCUCAACAAUGUCACUUUUUUUUAUUCUCCCUGAUAGACUUAAUGUCUAAUGUCUAAACAUGUUUGGUACAGAUGGCAUGCUACAGUGUGGUGGAAAAAAAACAAGGCUUGACGUGAGAGGAAACAUUCCUCUUUUUUUCCCUUUACUUUUUUUAUGAAAAAAAAAAAAAAUCAUAGUAAAUCAUCCUUUGAACCAUUUGUCAUUUUAUUUUUACAUAAGAUGGCUGUACACUCCUAUGGCUAUAACAUUAGUCCACUGGCUAGCUAGCUUGCUAACAAACUAGCUGAAUAACAUGGGGUUAAAUUUUAAAGCCUUUUAGUAUAAGAUUGUGAGAGAUUUUAGAGGAUUUUUUUCCCCCUAGACCAAUUUUUAUGACGUGACUUUAAAAAAAAAAAGAAAGAAAAGAUAAAAAAUAAAAUAAAAUAAUAA